AUGUCCUUGGUGUUUAGACGAUCAAUGGCUACCGCCGCCUCGUUGAAGAAGGCCGGAAAGGUCAUGUGCAUCGGCCGCAACUAUGCCGAUCACAUCAAAGAGCUCAACAGCGCCCGCCCUAAGCAGCCCUUCUUCUUCCUCAAGCCCACCUCUUCCAUCCUGCUCCCCGGGGCCGGCCCCGUGCUGAGGCCCAAGGGCGUCGACAUGCACUACGAGGUUGAGCUCGCUCUCAUUAUGGGCAAGCAGGUCAAAGACCUCAGUCCCGACGAUUACAAAGGCGCCAUCGAUGCCAUUGAGGCAUACGCGCUUGCCAUCGACAUGACUGCGCGCAACACCCAGAACGAGGCCAAGAAGAAGGGUCUUCCCUGGUCCAUCGCCAAGGGCUUCGACACUUUUCUGCCUAUGAGUGACAUUGUCAAGAAGUCCGCCAUCCCGGAUCCUCACGACAUCGAGCUCUUCCUCAAGGUCAACAACGAGACCAAGCAGGACGCCUCCACCAACCUGAUGCUGUUCCCGAUUCCCCGCAUCUUGAGCGACAUCUCCAAGGUCAUGACCCUCGAGGCCGGUGACAUCGUCCUCACCGGCACUCCCGCCGGGGUCGGCCCGGCCGUGCCCGGAGACAUUAUCCACGCCGGUCUCCGUGUCAAUGGCAAGGAGCUUCCCGAGGCCAAGAUUGAGGUUGGCGUCGAGGAAUCUCCCAGUUCGUACCAGUUCGCCGAGACGUAG